GAUUAGUGUCAGUAGAUGGCGCUGGAGUCCUCCGUGUGUCUGGAUUCAUCAAACACACAUGUGGAUCUUGAGAAACUGCGCUGCUCUCUUGAGUCUCUGCCGUCUGUGGCUACAGAGGAUCAGGAACCGUGUGUGUGUGUGUGGAGACACAGAGAGCCUCUUCAUCAAGCCGCUCAGUUCAUGGAUAUUCCCCUCUGGACAGGUGGUGUGUGUAAGUCGGCCGGUGUCGCUCUGGUGUACGGGACGGUCCUGACCGAUCACCUUUGGCGAUUAGGACUUCCUCUCUUCAGCACACGGGGUAAUCAGGAGGCCACCAAUCCGGCGGACGCGAUGGCCCAGACGUACACCCCGCAGUAUGCGCAUCCCGCGCAGAAUGGAAUCCCUGCAGAGUUCAGUGCGACACACGCUCUUCCCACGCAAGACUACGCAGGACAGAACCGAGUCCCGGAUCACGGCUUGACGCUCUACACGCCGGCACAGACUCACAGCGAUCUGGCCAACGCCGACAGCAACACGCCAACCAUCAGCACCGGAACCAACACAGCAACGACGGAAGAUGUGACGCAAACAGAAGUUUCCCAGCAGGUGCCACAUUCAGACUCCACGGAAAAACAGCAGCCCAAGAGGUUACACGUCUCCAACAUCCCCUUCCGCUUCCGGGACCCAGAUUUACGGCAAAUGUUUGGGCAAUUUGGGAAGAUCUUAGACGUGGAGAUUAUCUUUAAUGAAAGAGGAUCAAAGGUGAACAACGCCACAGCGAGAGUGAUGACGAAUAAGAAAGUAGUAAACCCGUACACAAACAGCUGGAAGCUCAAUCCGGUUGUAGGAGCCGUUUACGGACCGGAGCUCUACGCAGUGGCGGGGUUCCCGUAUCCCGCGGCAGGAGCGACGGUGGCGUACAGAGGGGCUCAUCUGAGGGGCAGAGGCCGUGCCGUUUACAACACCUUCCGUACGGCUCCUCCUCCUCCACCCAUCCCGGCGUAUGGAGCGGUGGUGUAUCAGGACGGAUUCUACGGCGCCGAGAUCUACGGCGGAUACGCGGCGUACAGAUAUACUCAGCCUGCGACGGCUACAGCGUACAGUGACAGUUAUGGGAGAGUCUAUGCAACUACUGACCCAUAUCACCACACCAUCGGCCCGGCGGCCACAUACAGCGUGGGGACCAUGACAUGGAAAUGUUUCCUUUUUUUGUUUGGUCUGCAAAAGCUUGUUAAAAAGGGAAGAACUGAAGCUAUUUAGAUGUUUGGCUUGGGUUUUUGUUCCAUCAUUGAUCAUUUUAUCGGGUUUAUCAUGUAUAUAAGCUGCUAGUGUGAAUUCAGACAUGAGACAAAAAUAUCUCAGGACUCUCUUCAACUUUUCUCUGAACACACAACCGUCCCAGCAGACAUUCAGAUUCACUGUAUCUCACCAGAUAUCGCCAGCAUACUCUAGUCUACUAGUCUCUGUGGUCUGUAUGAAUAAGCUCAUCUUGUUUAGUUGCUGGUCUUUUAUUUGAAGGGUUUCUAUGCAUGUUGUUCCAGAUAUGAGAGGGUUUGUCACGUUUGCACUAACAGAUUUACCUCUGUACACAGUGGACAGGUCUAACUCACACUAACUAAUGCUGAAUGUGUCUGUACACAUACAUUAAUAUAUUAAAGAUUAAACCGUCAUAUGAUAUUCAAAGGAUUUUUAUAGGUUAACAAAGAGACUUUGGGAGCAAUAUGUAGACAGAAAGGAGAUUUUAAAAAUAUAUAUAAAUGGAGAAAUGGUUAGAUUUAAAAGGAUAGUUCACCCAAAAAUGAAAAUUAUCCCAUGAUUUACUCACCCUCAAGCCAUCCGAGGUGUAUAUGAAUAUCUUCUUUUAGACGAACACAGUUAGAAAUAUAGAGUUGUUUAUAAAUAACCCGUCUCGAGGUCCUUUGCCGAUCUUACCCCCUCUCUCUGCCUAAUACUUUCCUGUCUGCUCUCUACUGUACUGUCUGAAUAAAGGCACAAAAAGCCCAUAAAUAGAAAAAAAUAUCCAUAUUUAAAACUUUAUAGUCUAAAAUAACUAGCUUCCGGCAAACGGCGGAUCCUACGAAUGACGCAGGAGUUACUUGUAAUGCGUUACCCCCAACACUGCACCUAGGAUGGUUUGAGGGUGAGUAAAUCAUGGGACAAUUUUCAUUUUUGGGUGAACCAGGCCUUUAAGAAAACUUGAAGAGAUUUAUUAAGACAUGGGGAGAUUUUGGAUAUACAGAGAAGUUUAAAAAAUAAUAAUAAAUAGACUUUUAUUGGGAGACAUGGGGAGGUUUAGGCUGAUAUAUGAGAGAAAUUAAGAAUAAUAAUUAGAUUUAAGAAAAUAAGGGGACAUGGGGAGGUACACAAAUAAAGAUGUACAGGAACACAAGGGGAAAUGGAUAGAUUUAGAAAAACACACUGAGAUAUACAGCAGAGCAUAAAGAGACAGAGAAAGCAGGAAAAGUGAUGUAGGGAGACGUGAGGAGAGCAUCUGUCUGCUGAGACUUUCUAGUCUUCAUCAGAUGUCUUAAGAAGGUUCACUCCAGACCUUCAAUCUGGAUGAAUUAAUGAUUAAAUGUGAACGAGAUCAGCGCGAGCGCAAUACACACUUUACAUGAGACCUUAAUUCGUGUGACAUUUAGAAGAAUUAAGGUGGAAACUCUCAACAUUACAGUUCUGAGUUCAAAUGUUAUGAUGCUUCAGACUAAUAUAACUUACAUGUGCUGUGAAAGAUGUGAUUUGAUUCAUGUAAUUAGGGCUCGAUCUUUAAUGAGAUUGAACUUUGAGUGCUGCGAUACAUUUAUACUUUAGGCUUAAAAUAAGUGUAGGUAAAGUUAACAAUGUUUACACACAAGCAUAUCAGCAGAUUCUUUCACUCUUAAAAAUAAAUAUUCCGAAAUGGAGUUUUCACCGUGAUGUCAUAAAGGGCUUUCGCACUGGGUUGUUAUAGGAACUAGCCACCAGGUCGUUCCCCCAAGAACUAAAUUUCCCCUAGGGCCGUUUUCCUGGUUGCAUUCGCACCGCCAGUAGGAACUCUGAAGUGUCGUAAGCCGACCGGCAGCGAUGUCAUUUACCUGCGGCAUUAAAAAAACAUCCAACAACUCCAUAGCGUAAAGGUUGAGAAGUGCCUGGACUUCGGCGUCGGUCCAUAUAUCACUUUUUCCCAUGUUCAUGGAGAAAGUAUAUGUAAACUGUGUUUUUACAUGCCUUUUUAAAAUGGCGGGUGCUGGUAGUUCAUAUGGCACGUGUUCGGCCAUAUUUGCAAUGCCUCCGGGCAGCUAUUUUGGGCAUCCAAGACCAAGUCCUAUCUUUGAAUGGGGGAAUCCUGAAAUCUCAAAAACCGAUUGGCGAACUCACAAUUAAAUAAUGUAUUUCAAAUCAGCAACAAAAUCUGACAUGAACUGUCCCAUAAAUGUUGUUUCUUAUGCUCAAAUAGCAUUAAAAAGGUGUAUUUUCCAGGCUAGAUGAGCCAAUGCGCAUGUGCAGUCCUAAGCGCAAGUCUCAGGUUUCAAUUGGAAUUGGAGCUUCUAACGGCAGCUGCAAUGACGCAAUGACUUUAUUAAUCAGCGAUUGACUCUUUUACUUAGAAGGUGGGACGUAUUCCGCCAUAUUGCGCAUUGCAGUUUCUCCCAUUCAUAAGUAAUAGGAGUGAACCAACAGUCUAUAUCUAUAGUCUUUGACCCUACUCUGAAUAGGAGCUAAUUUAGUUCCCCCAAAAGGCGUUCCUAUAACUAAAAUCAUUCCCAGUUCCUGUGGUGAGAACACGGUAAAAAGUGGGUACUUCUGUCAACAGUUAGCUAUAGGGACUAUGAAAAUGUUCCUCCCGUGCGAAAGCCUCGAGGGAAGAACCAUUUUAGGAUCCUCAAAGAACCUUUCAGUCAACAGUACUUAAAAGAGCCAUUUUGUUUUUCUUAGUGUGAAGAACAUUUUAAAAAUCUAAUUCUUUCCACUAUAAAGAACCUUUUGUGGAAUGGAAAGAUUCCAUGGAUGUUAAAGGUUCUUUAUGGCGCCAGCAAUGAUAGAGCUGCACGAUUCUGGAGAAUCACGAUUUUUUGGAUUCAAAUAGAGAUCACGAUUCUCCUACAAUUCUGAACAUACCAUGUUAUUUACAAGAGGUUCUAAAAAAAUAAUAAUUGCUGGAAAAAUUUUUAUUAAUUUGAAUGAAUUAUUUAAAAAAAAGGAAUUCAUUCAAAGACUCAUUAAUAAACUUGUUUCAUUGCUGGAAUCAGUGUUUUUGAACAAAUCUUUUGAAUGAAUGAUUCAAUGACAUACAUUUUUAACAGUCCCUUGUCGCCACCUAGUGGCUUAAGAUGUAAUUGAUACAACCGUUAUUUGAAGCGCCAAGUUAGUUUCAAAAAGGUGGUUUGCUCUAUUUUGAUCACUAUCAUAGACAUCAAUGUUUAUAUCCUAAAUUUAAACUUAUAUCUCAGUACUUCUGUGAUAAUUUGAAUAUUUGAAAUAACUACUGUGUGGUUCAAAACUGCUCUCUCUGACUGCAGCACGAACACAGAUUUGAAUGUUCUGUUAUGAUUUUGUAGACAAGGGUGAAUCAUUGUCAUUAAUAAAUAAGAUUGCGUAGGUGUUUGAAUCGAGAUCGCAAUCUUUUUACUAUUAAUUGUGCAGCUCUAAUCGAUGCCAAUAAAGAACUUUUAAGAGUGUUAAGAACAUCUUAUUUCAAUUAUUUUUUGUCAAAUCUGCUGCAGAUUUUCGCAUCUCUUAAAGUCGCAUUCCUUUAUAAUUAUGUUAUUUCUGUCAGCCAGAGCACAGAGGUGUAAACAGAUGUGAGCAGAUGCUGUCUGUUUGACCCCGUUUACAUAGCAUUAACAUUGUUUUAUGUUUGUUUGUUUUUAUGAUAUUCAGGGGUUUAGCUUGCCAUUUUGAGAGAGCUCUUGACAAUUUUCGGUUUGCAUAUUUUCAGACGUUAAGGGCUGGGUCAGUUUAUGACCAACCAAAGAGCAAGACUGAAACCUUUUUUUUUUUUUUUUUGCUCUAUAAAACUUCUUUUUAAAAGGGAAACACUUUGGUCUAAAUCUAUAUAAGAAAUCUUCUCUGAUGGGAAAUUGCAUUAAAGUGUAAAAGAAUAGUUUACAAUCUAGUAUAAAACAUGUUUUUGCCCUGAAUUACGGUGUAUUUAAUUCUCAACAGCUGCUGUCUGUUUUCCUCUCUGUAUUUCCUCCACUUUUAUUCUGCUUUGACCUGUUAAUGCUGCUGCUGCUGCUGAUGUUCAACAAGAAAGAGCCUCUGUAGAUGUGAAAGAUGUGAAUUGUUGUUUAUUUCCACUGUGUCGACUCACAUUAAUGUACAAAGAACCAGCAGAUGAGUUUAAAUUACACACAACAUGUAUUUGCUUAUUGUUUUGAUAUACUGUAUUGUUAAUCACAUGAGGGGUCAUAUGAGCUCUUUUAAUACACCGUAUAGUUAUUCUGCAGCUCAUAAAGUCAACAUAUCAGCACAAGGAUUGAUAUGAAUAUUACUCACAUCUAUGAAAUCUUCAGGUCUCGACUCAUUCAGACCAGCGUGUUUACCUGCUGUUUAAGCAAAAAAAUAAAAGACACGGUUAAAAAAAAAAAAAAGCAAAAAGUUUGUAAAUACAUGUAUAUAUAUAUACUUAUAUCUUCCUAAGCAUUUCAAUACACAUAUAUAGUGGAUUUUAUGUGUCUGAAAAUAAUAUUUUAAAUUCUAUGUCAUUUAUUUUUCCUUUGUUUGUUUUUGUCUGAGGGUUUUGUCAAAAGUACUUUGGUUUGAUAUAUUCAACACUGUAUAUGAUGUGGUCUUUUUGCCCAUGAAAAUGAUAUUUGAUGUUUAUAUAUACAGUUCAUUAUAAUUCAUGAAUAUGUCUACAUAAAAUAAAGAACUUACAUGA